AUCAAUUGCGUUAAAAAAAUCAAUUUGGAAACCAUUUCUGGCUAACUCAUGGGUUAUUCUCUUCUAAUGAUGUUCCUUCGCUUCCUCCUCCUCUACACCUCAAUUAAUGGCGAUUCUAUACAAGAACCUGCAUGCCCUUCUUUUGACUGUGGUAAUGGCAUCAUUAUUGGCUACCCUUUUUGGCACCAAAACCAACAAUUAGAGCACUGUGGAUAUCCUGGCUUUAAUCUCUCUUGUAAUGACCAAAAUCCAAUGCUUCGUCUCUCUGAUGAUUAUCUUUAUCCCAUUAAAGACAUCAAUUACUCUAAUAAAUCACUCACCCUCUUUGCCUACCCUAGUCUAAAUUCAGCACCUUGUCCAAAAAUAACCCAUGAUAUUGCAUUAAACACAACACCUCAUCCCCUAUUCAAUAGUUUAGGCAACAAGGUGGUGCAUUUCUUUUAUAAUUGCACCUUGUACCCACCUUCACUUCCACACAUAAGAUGCUUAGAAUAUGGUGCUAAGAGAUCAUUUGUGUUCAAGGAGGGAGCAAUUCCAGAGUUUGAUUGGGAUAGAUAUUGUGCAUCAAUUGUGGCUUUGCCUGUGAUUGAUGAGGCAGUGGACCAUGGAGAUUUAGUUAAGGGUCUUGGCAAAGUUUUGCAAAAAGGGUUCAAAUUGACAUGGAACCAAGCAGCUGAUGAAGUAUGCCAGUCAUGUGAGGCCAGCGGUGGAUUUUGUAGUUACAGAAAAGGCCAACCCAAGAACUUCUUUUGCAUUUGCAGCAAUGGAAGGCAGUCCUUCAACUGCCAUGGUAAUGGAACUACUUCUUAUGAAGAAAAGGGCAUUGUUUCAAUUCAGGAAGAACCAAAUUAUGUUGGCAUAGGUGCACUGCUUCUGGGGGGUAUGGUUAUCAUGGCAACUGUGUUUUACUUCAUCCAGAAGAAGAAGAAGAAGUUUGGCUUAUACAAACCUGUUUGAAUAACAAGUAGGAGAAGCAAAAAUAUUCCUCUUUUGUCCAAAUCGAUUGCCAUUAAAUUUUGUCCAAAAUAAGGCCAUUUCUGGAAGAAAUAAUAUAAUCCUAAUCUA